AUGUUUAAACUUUCAAAAAUGGAUGAUUCAAAUUCGACAAAAGAUUAUUUAAUAUUAAAAAAACUUUUGGAAUCUAUAAAGAAUCAUACAGGAAGGACAGAUGAAGAAACAAAUAAAUUUCUUAUUGAAUCAUUUUAUAAGAUUGAACGUGAAUUAAAUUGUAAUCAAAGUAUUCUUUUCAUUUACCUUCUUUGUAAUGCAUCAGAUGGAACAAAUUCUAAUGGUCAUAAUUAUAUAAAAAAUAUUAUUGAUAUUUAUGAACGUUAUCUUUCUACAUUACAAGUACAAGAAACAUGGCGUACAUUUUUAAGUUAUGAUGUUAAGAUUAGUGUAAUUGAAAUUUUAAGCAAAAAAUCUUUUAAAUUGGUAAAUAAUAUAUUACCAUCUAUUGCUAAUAUAUUUGAAUUAUCAUCUGACUCAGAUGUACGUUCAUAUCUUAAAAAAACUAUAUCAUUAAUGGCUCAUAAUCCAGAAAAUAAUGGUUUCUUUUUUUGGUGUGAUUAUUUUGAAAUUUAUGAUGCUAUUGAUAUACAUAUAUAUACAUUAUUUGUAUUUAAAAAAAAAAUAAUUAUGGGAGAAAAUAUUAAAAUAAUAGAAUUUUUAGACAAAAUUGAUAAAGAAAAAAGAAACAAAAUUUUAUAUUUUUUGGACAAAUUAAUGCCUGUUAAUGUUUCAUUCAAUAAAUACAAUGAAUUUUUUUAUAAAAAUUUAAAACAAUUUUUAAAUGAAUAUUCAAAUGAAUAUAAAUAUCUUGAAGAUAUUUAUGAAGUUCUUGAUUUAAAAACUUUUGAAAAAAUUAUUACUAAUUUUGCAAAAAGAUUUAAUGUAGAAAAAGAAAUUAUUUUGAAUACUUAUAUUUACAAAAUUAUGUUUAGAUUACUUUUUCAGUAUAGUGGAUAUAGAAAAGGAAUUACAAAUGGAACAUCUUCCUCAGUAUUUGUCAAUUUUUAUCAACAUAUUUUGUCAGAUUUAGGAGGUUGCCCUAGUGCAAGUCAAACAUUUAUUGAAACAUUUUAUAAUAUGAGAUAUGGUGAAGAAAUUUGUUUUUUUACAAUUAUUUUUAUGCCUGAUUUAGAAAACUAUAUUAAUGAUAAUUAUAAAAGAAUCUUUAAUGAUAAGAAUAAUUUAGUUAAUUUUAAUAUGAGAUUUAAAUAUCUAAUUGAAAAUAAUUCAUCUAUUAGAGAAUUAUAUAAAAGAACAAGACAAAAAGUUGUUAUAUCGGAAAAAUUAGAAUCUACAACAAAAAUUUUUAAUGAAAUAAAUGUUUAUAUUGUAGAAACUGAGGAACAUUUUAAAGAAGCAAUGACAUGGUUAGCUGAUGCAAAAUUAAUUGCUGUUGAUACUGAAUUUUUACCUGAUAUUGUAGGUGGAGGAUUAUGUUUAUGUCAAAUUGCUUUACAAGAUGGUGUUUUAGUAUUUGAUGCUGAAAAAAUUUCUAUACAAAAACCUUGUUGGAAAGAAUUGAAUGAUUUUAAAGUUUUAAGUAGUAUUCUUGGUAAUGUUGAGGAUAAAUAUUAUAAAGAUUCAUUUAAACGUAUUAUUGAUGUACAAUUUCUUUAUAUGAAUUUAUUAAAAGAACCUCUUUUUAAAAAAUUUCUUGAUGAUGAUGAUGAUACCAAUGAAAUUGACAAAGUAUCUCUUAAAGAUAUUACUAAAAAUGUUAUUAAAUAUAAUAUGGAGAAAGAAUUUCAAUAUGCAGCAUGGAGAAUGAGACCACUACCUAUAAAUAUGAUUCAAUAUGCAGCUAUUGAUGCAUUUAUUUUAAUUCCAAUAUAUAUAAAAAUGAAAAAAAUUGUUAAAAAUGAUGAAUUAUUUGCAAAAUUAGAAGAUAUAAAUCAAGAUUCACCAUUAAAUAAAAUUUCAACAUCAAAUGAUAUUACUUCUAAAAGUAAUGGAGAGAUGAAAAAAAUGAAAGAACGUUCAACAAUAACAGAAAUUGUUCAAUUUAUAAAAGGUUUUAAUAUUUGUUUAAAAGAAGUUAAAAAUUAUGGUACUUUAAAAAAUAAUAAUAUCACAAUUUUAUCAAUUGGUAAAGCUGUUAAUCUUUGGAAAUAUAAUAAUCGUUAUAAUAGAAUUCUUUCAUUAAGAUACACUGAUUCUCUAGAAGAUAAAAUAUUAUAUAUUUUUAAUGAAUUAAAAGUGAGACUUGAUGAAAAACUUAUUUCUCAAAAAUGUAUUCAUUGUCAUGGAAAAAGUAUUGUUAUUGUAAGUCGACAGUUACUUUUACUUGUGUAUUAUGAUUAUUUUCUAAUGGAUACAGAAAAUCAUAAGCAUUUCAAAAAUUUGGAAGAAAUUAAUGAAGAAACUAUUAAAAAAAAUUUAUUAGAUGAAAAAGAUGGUGGUAGUUAUAAUUCUGAAAAUAAUUUAUACUAUUCAAAUGAUUUUAUUAUUGAUGUAGAAGCUAAAAAAAUUAUGUUAUUAUCAGAAAAUAAAUGGAGAGAUUUACCACCACAAAAACAAAGUUGUUUUCUUAAAAUUUACUAUACACCAAAUGAUUUUAUAUUUUGUUAUGCUUGUGAUACUUUUUCAACAUAUCACAAAAUUUAA